AUGACUACAGCUCAGAGAGAGGAGGAGGAAGAGGAGAAGAGGAAGACGACAGCUCAGAGAGAGGAGGAGAAAGAGGAGGAGAGGAAGACUACAGCUCACAGAGAGGAGGAGGAGGAGGAGGAGGAGGAGGAGGGGGAUGAGGAUGAGGAGGUGGAGGGGGAUGAGGAGGUGGAGGGGGAAGGAGCAGCUGCAGACAGACCUGAUGAAGAUAAAGAUGCUGCUGUGAUGAAGAAGAAGAUGAAAUUCAAAGACUCUAAGUUUGUUCCAGGAAUCAUUUACCUGGGUCACAUUCCUCCGAAGCUCCGCCCCAAACACCUGAGGAACAUGUUGUCAGUGCACGGAGAGAUCGGACGAGUGUUCCUGCAACCUGAAGAUACUCACGUAAGGAGGAGGAAGAAGAAGUCUGGCUUGAGGAGGUGUGACUUCACUGAAGGGUGGGUGGAGUUCAGGGAUAAACGAGUGGCGAAGAGCGUGGCGGCGUCUCUCCACAACACGCAGAUGGGAAACAGGAAACGCCAUCGCUUCUCUGCUGACCUCUGGUGCAUCAAG